AAUUGACACUGGGUUGCUGCUGUGGAUGGAAGUGGAGCUAGGGCCAGCAGGGCCAGCAGCGUGGCAGCGGCAGCUUGUGAUGGACCCCAUGCAACGCCCGCCCACCUGGGACCCCAUGCAACGCCCGCUCGCCUGGGCGCGACCCUCCGCCUUCGCAGCGCCACCGUUGCCCUUCAACGCACCGCUGCAAGUGGAGACCGAGGCGCCAAGAGAUGAAGCCCGGCAAAGUUUUUUGGAUCUGGGCCAUGAUGGCCGCCAUGGGCACCGGGUGCCAUGGAGGCAAUAUGUUUCCUUGGCCGUUUGGUAUUUGCUUCUUGUGAUGGAGUACAUUGUGGUGCGAAUUGUUUGCCAGUUUGAUAUUCCUCGAGACUGCAAGCCACAUGGCAACCUCGACACCAUUUUCGACCUUCAGGUGAUGUUCAUGAUGGGUUUCAUGCUGGCCAUUUUGACUGGAGUGCACAUGCCAGAUCGGUUUGCCUACCUCUUCUGCUUCAAGGGUCCCAGGCCACGGGGCAUCGCCUUCCUGCUGGUGAUGGUCGUCAGUGGACCAGUUUGGGGUUCUUUGGACACGAUCGACUCCCUUUCGAGGAUUUCUUUCACUUCCAGCUUUUUUGAAGAGAGCUUUGUCAACGUCUUGAUCGGUUUGGCCUUUGGAGCAGCUGCCGCCUUUUUGCUGCUGUGGCAUUUCUACUGCGCCUUUAUGCACAACCAGAUCUCAGGUUUCCUGGCCUACAGCGGCAGCCGCUUGUCCAUUUGGAUCUUUUAUGGCGUCUAUCUCUAUAUUGCGGCAACCACAACGAAUGUGGAAGUUCACCUCCACCACUACGUCAUCGGUUUCCUCAUCGCAAUCCUUGCAGAAUUCAACCACCCAAUCUCGUUGGUGGUGCUGGCAGCAGGCACUGGGAUCUUUGUUCAGGGCAUUUCGGCUUAUCACGCAGACGCAUUGACCGAAGAGAAGAAGCAUCUGCUCGCUCUUUUCUUCUAAACGAAAAAAUCUCUGUGCUGAUCGGGUCAAUGUCGAAAUGUCGAUGUU